AUGGACUCCGUGCUGCGCGGCGCCCGCCGCUUCCCCCCGCGGCUGCUGCGGGCGGCGUCGGGCCCGGCCAUGCAGCGGCCCGAGGGCGGCGGGGGCUGGCUGGGCGCGCUGCGCUUCGACAACCUGGCCCUGCGCUCGCUGCCCGUGGACGCCUCGGAGGAGGGCGGCCCGCGGACCGUGCCCGGCGCCUGCUUCGCUCGGGUGCGGCCCAGCCCGCUGCGGAACCCGCGGCUCGUGGCCAUGUCGCUGCCGGCGCUGGCGCUGCUGGGGCUGGAGGCGCCCGCGGCCGACCCCGCGGCGGCGGAGGCCGAGGCCGCGCUGUUCUUCAGCGGGAACCGGGUGCUGGCGGGCGCGGAGCCCGCGGCGCACUGCUACUGCGGCCACCAGUUCGGCAGCUUCGCGGGGCAGCUGGGCGACGGCGCCGCCAUGUACCUGGGCGAGGUGCUGGGCCCGCGGGGCGAGCGCUGGGAGAUCCAGCUCAAGGGUGCCGGCAUCACCCCCUUUUCCCGACAAGCCGAUGGUCGGAAGGUCCUGCGGUCGAGCAUUCGGGAGUUCCUGUGCAGCGAGGCCAUGUUCCACCUGGGAAUACCAACAACGCGGGCUGGCACGUGCGUGACAUCUGACUCCAAAGUCCUUCGUGACAUCUUUUAUGAUGGGAAUCCAAAAAAUGAAAGGUGCACGGUUGUUCUGAGAAUAGCCUCGACGUUUAUAAGAUUUGGCUCUUUUGAAAUUUUUAAACCCCCUGAUGAAUACACUGGCCGCAAGGGUCCCAGCGUUAACCGAAAUGAUAUUCGAAUACAGAUGCUUGAUUACGUGAUCAGCACUUUCUACCCAGAAAUCCAGGAGGCUUAUUCUGACAACACUGUUCAGAGGAAUGCUGCUUUCUUCAAAGAGAUAACCAAACGGACAGCGAGAUUGGUUGCGGAAUGGCAGUGUGUGGGGUUCUGCCACGGCGUGCUGAAUACAGAUAACAUGAGUAUUGUUGGACUAACCAUUGACUAUGGCCCUUUUGGCUUCAUGGACAGGUAUGACCCUGAGCACGUUUGCAAUGGUUCUGAUAACACAGGGCGCUAUGCUUACAACAAACAGCCAGAGAUUUGCAAGUGGAACCUGGGGAAACUUGCUGAAGCCCUAGUUCCAGAGCUGCCCUUGGAAAUAAGCCAACGCAUCCUGGAAGAGGAGUAUGAUGCAGAAUUUGAGAAACACUACUUGCAGAAGAUGAGAAAAAAACUAGGCCUAAUCCAACUGAAAUUAGAAGAAGAUAGUAAGCUGGUGUCUGAACUGCUUGAAACUAUGCAUCUCACAGCUGGAGACUUCACAAAUAUUUUUUACUUGCUGAGUUCAUUCUCAGUAGACAUUGAUUCUUCAAAAUUUGAAGAUUUCUUAGAAGAGCUUACAAGUCAGUGUGCUUCUGUGGAAGAACUGAAAGUUGUUUUUAAACCACAGAUGGAUCCAAGACAACUGUCAAUGAUGCUGAUGUUGGCUCAGUCGAAUCCUCAGCUGUUGGCAUUAAUUGGAACAAAAGCUAAUAUAAAUAAAGAAUUGGAACGCAUUGAACAGUUCUCUAAACUGCAGCAGUUAACAGCAGAUGAUUUACUUAACAGAAAUAAAAGACACUGGAAGGAAUGGCUGGAGAAAUACAGAGUCCGUUUGCAAAAAGAAAUAGAAAGCAUUGGUAAUGCUGAUGCCUGGAACACUGAGCGUGUGAAGGUCAUGAAUUCAAACAAUCCAAAAUAUAUCUUGAGAAAUUAUAUUGCCCAGAAUGCCAUAGAAGCAGCAGAAAAUGGGGAUUUCUCAGAGGUAAGAAAUGUACUGAAACUUUUAGAACAUCCAUUCCAAGAAGCAGAAGGUUUCCAGGAGGUAAAGGAAGAUGCAGAAGAGGAGGGAGCAACUGCUGCAGCAGCUGUUUGUUCUCAAGAGACCAGAAGCAGACAACCAUAUUGCAGCAAACCUCCACUUUGGGCUUCAGAGCUCUGCGUUACUUGAUCUUCCUAACUGCCUUGUUUUGUUUUUUGCUGUGAACUGAAGACUCUGAUCCUCUUCAGCAGUGAAGAAUUUAGCAAGGCAAAUAUCGGAGUGCUAUUAAGUUAUUGAAACAACAUUACCUUUGGAUGUAUCUGCAGCAGUCUUCAGCUGUGCUUAAUUUGAAGCAAUUGUGGAUCAUUGGAACAAAUCAGUGACAGUGAACAGCCCAUACACAUCAGUAAUCUAAAUGCUUAAAGACCCAAAGUCUUUCCUUUGUCCUUGCUACAUUGCAAGUAAAAAGCAGCAUUUUAUGUUGAGGCAGGCUGAACUUCAAACAUCCAAAUGGAGUUGUUGUUACGUGAAGACAAAAAUAACAAGUCAGGAAUCUGAUCUGUUUUUGUCUGAUGUCUUAACUAAUAGUACUUUUAAUAUUUAUUUACUGCUUUCUCUAUGCAGAAACUUUUAGUCCUCUUUAAUGGAGGAAUAGAUUCAUUGUUGCUUGUUUGAAGCUGUUUCAUUUAAUUAAGUAGUUCAUUUCUUAUGAACCUUCUGAUUGGUAUUUAAUCAUUAUAUAUUUUUUAAGAAUGUGUGCAGGCUGGAAUUUGGGGGGAGCAAUUUACUUUUUUUUAAGAGCAGAAUUAAGGGAGAUUACAUACAUUUGCACUUCAGAGCUUGAUGGUGAAGUUUAUUCAGGUUCAAUAUGUUUGCACAAAACACCCAUAAAUAUCUACUAAUGUAAGUUUGUAACCCAAUUGCCUUGGGCAGGAUCCAUAAGCCAAAUUAGUGUGAGCCUUUACCCAAAUCCAGGUUUGUUGUGUAUUUAUACCUAUGCUCCUAACAGAGCCUGCCCGUUUGAGAAGUGUGCAGGUGAGGUACCUGCUCAUCACACUGGUCAGUGGAGUUCUUUCAUUCCUUCCCUACUCUUCCACCAUUUAGUUUGCUUGCAUGGUCCUUGAAAAUCUUCGUGCUGCAAGUUGACCAUUUAGGAAGGUGCUGUUUGAGGCGAAAGAUGAUGGAAGGUGUGGGAGAAGAGGAACUGACUUGCUUGCGAGUUACUUAACACAUUUCAGUUGAGGUUUCAGGGGAAGGUUGGUUGCCAUUAUUGUCACAUCAUCAAAAAAAAAGUUGUUUUGUAGUUAGUUGUUACAUAGCUUUCUGAACUUCUUUUGGAAGGACUGUUGCUAGUUCAGACACCUGAAAGGUUUGGUUUAAUGCAAAGGCUUCUGUUUCCAAAGAGAUCACUGUCUCACACUGUGAUUUAUGUGUCCUCAAGGAAAUUCUUCUGCUACCCCCAUGCAAACUUGUUAGCAGCUUGGGUUGAAUUGUAUUUUUUUAAAUCUUCCUCAAUAUGAGCUGUCAGCAAACAGGAGAA